AUGGCCCCUCAGUUGGAAGCUGUUCACACCGAGUCUGCCCCGGCUCCACUGCCGCAAUUCUCACAGGCUAUCAAACACAAUGGAAUGGUCUACUGUUCAGGCAACAUUGGAGCCAUCCCUGGUACGAAAUUGACGCUGGUAGAGGGAACUGUCAAGGACAGAGCUCGACAAGCUAUCAAGAAUCUAGAAGCUAUUCUCAAAGAGUCGGGUAGCGGCCUCAAGAAUAUCGUCAAGAUGAAUAUCUACAUCACAAACAUGGAGAACUUUGUUCUUGUGAAUGAAGCAUACGAUGAGUUUUUCACUUGGUUACCCAAGCCUGCUAGGACUUGUGUAGCUGUCUUUCAGCUGCCUCUGGGAACUGAUGUUGAGAUUGAGUGUACGGCCUUUUUGGAUUAG